AUGAAACAAUUGUUCCCAGAUGAAAAUAUUAAUUUAUUAAAUAAAGACAGUGAAGAAUAUAGUUUUAAUAAAUCAACAAAUAAUUAUCCUCAAAAGAAAAUGUUUAUUCAAGUUCAUCUCCAUUCAGACAAUCAUGUUGUCCCUACUGUACGCAUCCAGGAGAAACGUGUUGCUAUUGGGUCAGGACAUAAUCAUUCAUUUACAUUUUCAAAAAGAAUAUCCCUAUCCGUACAGACGCAAGUACUCCUUAGAUGUGGUGAAAUUGCUAUCAAAGAAGGCCGUGAACAUGUAAAAGAUGGUUUAGUGUCAACUAACUUUGAACCCGCUAAUUAUGCCCGUCAAGCUUUCCCAUGUUGGGAUGAACCAGCCUUUAAAGCGACUUUUCAAAUUUCUAUUAAACAUAAUAGGAGAUUUACAGCACUAUCAAAUACUCGGUUUAAUUCAAUACUUAGCACUAAUGAUAGCAGUAAUCAUGUGUGGACUCAGUUUGAAAAAACUCCGCUAAUGUCAUCAUAUCUAAUAGCUUUUAUUGUGGGCGACUUAGAUUAUUUAGCUCACCGUGAAAAUAAAACAUUCCGAAUAUGGACUAGAAAAAAUGCUGCUUCUCGUGGAGAGAUGCUAUUAUUAAAUGGUUUUAAAGCAUUGAAGUCGAUGGAAAAUUUUUUUGGUAUGUCUUAUCAAGAUCAUGGGUUUAAAAAAAUUGACUUGGUUUUGAUACCUGAGAUGAUGUCGAUUGGAAUGGAGAACUGGGGAAUUAUUUUUUUGAAAGAAAAAAAAUUUUUUUCUACUGAAAAUAUUGAGAGCAAACAAAAAGAGAAAAAUGAUUUAAUUAAUUUAACUCACGAAUUAAGUCACCAAUGGUUUGGAAAUUUAGUAACUCAUAAGUGGUGGAAAUAUUUGUGGUUAACCGAAGGGUUAGCUAGUUAUUUUUCAUAUUUCAUCAAUGACCAAAUGGAAAAAUCAUGGCGUGUGAUGGAUAAAUUUGUUCUAGAUCGUCGUGAAGAUUUAUUUAAAUAUGAUUCUGCGUAUGAAGUUGCAGUUAUAAUUGGUGAUGAAGAAAUUAAAGACCUUUCGGGAUAUCACCAAACUUAUACAAAUUAUCAUAAAAGUGCAGUUAUCAUAAGAAUGAUCAAGUACGUACUCGGUGAAGAAAAUUUUAGAAAAGGAAUAAGGAAUUACUUAAACAAUAAUAAAUUCGGAGUAGUUACUUCAGAUAGUUUUUUUAACGAGUUGACUAAAGUGUCUGGAAAUAUGAAUGUAACUUUAGAAAAAGCUCUUAACAAUUGGCAAAGCACUCCAGGGUAUCCAAUGAUUACAAUUAAUAGAAAUUACACAUUUAAUAAAGCAACAAUAACGCAAUCCCGUUUUUUGCGACACUCUAAUUUAACUUCUACCGAUCAAUAUUGGAUUCCCCUAAAUUUUGCCACUCAGGACGACAUGGACUUUAAUGAUACUGCAAUCACUCAUUGGCUUGACCCAGAUUCAAUUUCAUUAGAAAUUUCAGCGCCAGAAUCGGAUAAAUGGCUCAUAAGCAACAAACAACAAUUCGGAUAUUAUCGGGUAAAUUAUGAUGAAAAAAAUUGGCAAUCAAUUGCAAACUAUUUAAAUUCCGAAAACUAUUACAAGAUUCAUUAUUUAAAUCGCGCUCAGCUUAUUGAUGAUGCAUUUAAACUAGCAGACAAGGGAUAUGUCUCUUACAGUAUCGUUUUUGAAUUAAUGGAGUAUCUUAGAUAUGAAACGGAUUCUUUGCCAUGGGCGACAUUAUUCAAUAACCUACAUCAAUUACAUGAAUCAUCAUUACCACAUUCUUCGUAUUAUGAAAGCUAUAAGAAAAUCAUUUCAACUUCGCUUAAAAAUAUUGAAAAAAAUGUACUUGUUGAUAAAACAACUGAUGAAAACAUGAUCGAGAUGGUUCUGAAGAAAUCAAUUAUCAAAUGGUCUUGUUUGUUCGGUUCAAAUUUAUGUAAAAAUUAUACUCUCUCAAUUAUAUCGAAGUGGCUAGAAAAUUUUGAAGAAAAUCCGCUUCCAAUGGAUCUUAAAUCGGAAAUACUAUGUGGAGGAAUGCGUUAUGUUGAUGAAAAUACCUGGAAUGCCGUACUGAUGAAAUAUCUAGAGAAUCGAGAUACAGAUAUUUUACAAGCACUCAGUUGCACAUCAAACUUUACAUUUUCAAAUCAAAUUUUGUUUUUAGCGAUGAACACUACAAUUAAUGAAUUAGACAGGUGGUAUUUUUUUUAUGAACUUACAAAGGAAAGUCAUGGUCUGGAAACUGUAUUGAAUUUUAUAAAUGACUAUCGAACUAAAAUUGAGAAGAGCGAUAGUCGUUAUGAGUUUCUACAUGUUUGUAUAAUAUUUAUCGGAUAUAAUGUUAGAAACAACAGCCAAUUUUCUAAGUGGGGAGAACUAUUGAAAAAUGUUAUAGGAGAAAAAGAAGCAAAGAAUUAUUUACAAGAAAUUCGCAGUGAAGUAGAUGGUUAUAAUUUAAAAUUAAAUUUGAUGAAAAAUUAUUUUGAAUGGUUAGUGUCAACUCAGCUCGAACCCAAUUAUGCCCGUCAAGCUUUCCCAUGUUGGGAUGAACCAGCCUUUAAAGCGACUUUUCAAAUUUCUAUUAAACAUAAUAGGAGAUUUACAGCACUAUCAAACACUCGGUUUAAUUCAAUACUUAGCACUAAUGAUAGCAGUAAUCAUGUGUGGACUCAGUUUGAAAAAACUCCGCUAAUGUCAUCAUAUCUAAUAGCUUUUAUUGUGGGCGACUUAGAUUAUUUAGCUCACAGUGAAAAUAAAACAUUCCGAAUAUGGACUAGAAAAAAUGCUGCUUCUCGUGGAGAGAUGCUAUUAUCAAAUGGUUUUAAAGCAUUGAAGUCGCUGGAAAAUUUUCUUGAGAAAAUGAUUUUUUUCUACGGAAAAUAUUAUGAGAGUAAAAAAAUAGGGAAAAAUGAUUUAAUUAAUUUAACUCACGAAUUAAAUCACAACUGGUUUGGAAAUUUAGUUACUCAUAAGUGGUGGAAAUAUUUGUGGCUUACCGAAGGGUUAGCUAGUUAUUUUUCAUAUUUCAUCAGUGAUCAAAUUGAAAAAUCAUGGCGUGUGAUGGAUAAAUUUGUUCUAGAUCGUCGUGAAGAUUUAUUUGAAUAUGAUUCAACGUAUGAAGCUGCAGUUAUGAAUGGUGAUGGAGAAAUUGAAAACCUUCUUGAAUAUGACCGAAGUUUUGUGAAUUAUCAUAAAAGUAAAUGA